AUGCGAACAAAAGACAUGGAAGCGAUGAAGAUACUCUUUGAAGCAGUACAUAACGAAAGUCCGAGACUUUACAGUCCCGCGGCUCUCAAAUCAGCGAUAGAGAAUGAGGGACACAAGGAAGUGGAAAGGCUCCGCCAAGCUGAGAGGUUUUUACAACAGGUUAUUCAACUGAAGAAUGUGUGUUUUCAUAAGGCUGCAAGCCGCGGAGACAUGGAACUUGUCAAGUUCUUUUUGGGUAUUGGAGUUGAUGCAGAUAUAGAUAUCUUUAAGGAAUCCAUCGGAUAUCAAACAGCCCUCGCCGUAGCAUCGGCAGGAGGUCACCUAGAUGUAAUGGAGUACCUGAUUAGUAUAGGUGCACGACUCAACCCACCCUUCGAUCGCAAUCGAAAGUGUUGGGAUCGCUCUCCACUCACAGCCGCCUCAGAGGAAGGUAUGUUAGAGGCUGUGGAAGUGUUGCUACAAGCAGGGGCAAACGUGGAUGGUGACUUGGGAUUAUACGCAGCCGUCUCUAAAGGCCAUUUGCUUGUUGCAAGGUGUCUCUUGGAAGCUGGCUCUGAUGCAAAUCUUGCCCAGGGUUGGCAUAAAGGAGUAUCUUAUGGGGAAGGAAACACCCCUUUGGAAGCAGCGAUUCAAGGAGCGAAUAACGAAGUUGUCGCGGCUCUUUUGGAGGAACGUUUACAUCUCAGGGGAAGGGUGCCGUAUUCUGCAGCUGAGAAAGGAUUCUUUUCAAUCCUCCAAAGGUUGAUCGAUGCAGGCGCCGAAAUCAACGUUCGGGCGAUCUAA